UGUCACCGUCUGCUGUAUAAAUACACUUUGCGACGACGGCGACAGCAAAUACCACAGCUAUGCGACUUGUGGUACCUCACCACCUCCACCAUGUCAGUCACGGUAAGCUCACCCCCAAUCCAUCCCUCCACAAACCUCACUCACCCACUCACUCACUCUCUCCAAAAACACAGCUCCACACAGACGCCGGUGACAUCAAGCUCGAAAUCUUCUGCGAAGCCGUCCCCCAAACCGCAGAGAACUUCCUCGCCCUCUGCGCCUCAGGCGCCUACAACCACACGCCCAUCCACCGCCUAAUCCCCGGCUUCAUCCUGCAAACCGGCUCGCCGGCCACAGACCCCAAGUCCAAAUCCUCCGUCUCCAUCUACACCAACACCAACAACAACACGUCCACCAGCCCCUUCUUCCCCGACGAAAUCCGGCCCACGCUACGGCACAACGCACGGGGGGUGGUCAGUAUGGCGAAUAAAGGGCCGAACACGAAUGGGAGUCAGUUUUUUAUUACGUUUGCGCCCGCGCCGCAUCUGGAUGGGCGGAAUACGGUUUUUGGGAGGGUGAUUCAGGGGGCGGGGGAUGAUGGGGAUGGGGAUGGGGAUGUGCUGGGGAGGUUGGAGCGGGUGGAGGUUGAUGGGAAGGGGAGGCCGAGGGGGAGGGUUGUGGUUAAGGGGGUGACGGUGCAUGCGAAUCCGUUGGCGGGGUGAGGGGUGGUGUGUUAUAUGGACGGGUGUCUGAUUUGUGCGGAAAAGGGGGGGAUGCGAGGAAGUGAGUGUCUGGGAGUGAGGUCGGGCCUGACGUCCGCAUACUGCGCGGAUGAAGACCUCUCAACACCUGGAGCGCACGUCGACUCACUCAGUCGGGCACCAUCACUUGCCAGCGUCAACAUAUAUAAACCCACAGGAGCAG